GGAGACUCGAGAGGCAGAUUGAGUCAGACGUACGGUAGCUUGAUCAAGCUUGCUCAGAAGCUGGGGAAGGAGCAGCAUUGGUGGAGUUCUGCUCUCCAAGAGGGACAAUGGCUUCCGCCGCUGUGACCAGCUUGCUCAAUGUUGCGGCCCCCUCCAGUAUUUCCGCCAAGGGGUUCCGGGCGCCCGCUGCCACGAGCACGAGAGUCGUUCUGCGCAGCCCCGUGUUUGUGGGCCGGCGCAGCGUGGCCAAGACCUUCAGUGUGGCGGCCUCCGCUAGCAGGACCACAAUGUACAAGGUCACCCUGAAAACCCCCACCGGUGAGGAGAUUGUCGAGUGCGCUGAGGACGAAUACAUCCUGGAUGCUGCUGAGAACGCCAACAUUGACCUGCCCUACUCCUGCCGCGCGGGCGCGUGCUCGAGCUGUGCGGGCAUGAUCGUGGAGGGCACAGUGGACCAGAGCGACCAGUCCUUCCUGGACGACGGGCAGCAGGAGAAGGGCUACAUUCUGACGUGCGUCGCGUACCCAACCUCGGACGUCACCAUUCUGACCCACCAAGAAGAGGAACUCUACUGAGCAGGACAGCAGCCACUGAUCAUUAGCUGCUGCCAACCAGUUGCAAUCAUGCAAUACAAUAUAGCCAUAUAGUGCCUGAUGUCCUCAGUCGAUCGGCCUGCCAGCAUGUGCACAUGAGAAUUACUGGUGACUCUAAGAUAUAUUUGGAAAAAAAUUCACAGCGUAGCAUGUCGUGGCUAGCUUGUGAUACGUGGGCAUCGCCAGUUCACAACCAGGCCCACAUCAAACUUGAGCAUGGACCUACAGGAAAACC